AUGUCAGAGCGAUCACAAAGCCCUGCAGGGCGAUCGUCCCUGUCUGCCUCGCUGGAGCUGCCUUCCUACUGGCCUCACGGGCUACACUUGCCAGCGCCAGCACCUUCACCAUCGCCAAGCUCUACUUCCAUAGCACGAGCAGCUGGUCAACGAGAUGCCAUACAUCGUCAAGUGCGGGGCUCCUUGCCUGCCAGCUCUCCGCCUGCACCCAUCGACCCUCUCUAUCAGGCGCCAGUGCUGGACUCUGCGGGACGACCUCGACCGACAUUGAGCGUGGAGGCACUCUCCAACGUGUCCCUGCCCGACUUGAGAGAGCUGCCGGAGGAGACUAUCAGGAAGCGACCUCCGAUACUGCCUCGUGAGCCACUUUCCCCUCAUGACAUACGACAUCGAGACGUGUGGCGUGACCUACCGGACUCGAAGAGUGUGGAGCGCUUUAGCGAGCGCACGCAUCACCGCCAAUCAACGGCAGAAUUUCAGCAGUACGCAACCGAGAUGGACGUCGAUGCUGUAUCAUCGCAUCAUCCACGCACCCUUUCCAAUGCGGCGCAUGGGUCAAGUAGCGAGACGGGCAGAUAUGCUACUGGCGGACUAUCAGCCACCUUCUCCAGACGCGCUCUGCCGCCGCUGACAAUGCCGUCACCGUCGCCCUUCGAAAGCGAUGGUUCACGGGUCAUAGCCAUGCAAGAAGCAGACUACGACGAUUGUACUCCUGGUGAGCCGAGGGAGAAAGCUCGCCUGGCGUACUUCGUGGAUGCCGACGUCUCGAUGAACGGCGUCGACGAGUCGCGUAACGUCGCUCAGAGCGAGGGCAUGGGCGUUUACAGCAGCGUUGACAGUCACGCCAAAGCACCCCGCAUGCGAAGCUUCUCAAUGACAAAUGAGAUGGCUCGUAUAUCAAUAGGAUCGACACAUCUAUCCGGACAACUGGACAUCCCAUCCGUCCUGCAAUCCAGUCCUGAUCUCUCUAUUACGGCGAAGACGCGCAAGCGAAAGGCACCAGACGUGGAUCUCAAGUUUGCUGCUCCCCACUAUGGGGAUGAGGCUUCUACGACAGCUUCCACGUGCAACAGAGCACCGGCUCCACACUCGUCGACGGCGCCGAUCCCGCUGCAUCGCGUCAUCAGAUCACACUCGCGCAGCUUCAGCUCCGCAUCUCGCGGUUCAGGUCAGAUAAAGAUAGGAUCUGCUCAGCCCAAUCCCUUCACCCCCACAAGCUCGUCCGACUCUGCAUCCGCUCCUCCUUCUAUCAUCAUGACACCACGCAGCGGUAUGGUGCGCUCAGCAGCUACGUGGACAAACUGGAUGGAGGCGCCAAUCGCGUCCCAUCAGUUCUCCCCUCUAGGCACCUCCCCGCCUGCAUCUGCUCCAGCUGGUGCCGCUUCGACAGCACAACCUCCACGCGACUUUCGGCACCUGAAACCUUCAGAAAUGAUGUGA